AUGAGGCGUCGGUUCCUGUGUCAUCUCCUCCUCGCGGCGCCGCCUGCUCGCGCGUGCACCACCAUUCUUGCAGGCCGCGGCGCCACCGCCGACGGCUCCACCCUGCUCUUGCACACCGACGACGGCGGCGACCUCGACUUUCGGCUCGGCCGCACGCACCCGCGGGACGUGAGGAAGCCUUGGCCAGUGCUGCGCAAGCGGCCGCAGUACCCUCGCGAGGUGUCUGAUCGCUCUCCCACAUAUUCGCCAGACAGCCUCGACGCGACUCUGCCCGCCGACCUCCUCGACCGCUGGCGAUCGGCCGAGUGGGCUGCCAACCAGACGAUCGGAAAGCUCGCGCUCGACCCGUCAAUAGCGGUGCUGCUUGGCGUUGACCCAGACACAACGCGAACCUUUGGUGCCCUCGAGGGCGCGUAUGCCAUCGUCAAUGAAAAGCAGGUGGCCAUCGUCGAGAGCACCUGCGAGGUGCCUCCAUUCAUGUGGUCGCCCGCCCGCCCGCCCGCGACGCCGGGCCGGCCGCACGCGACGCGGCGCGACGGCGCGCUCUGGGACAUGGGCGCUCUCACGCAGGUGGCGCUAGCGCUCUGCGCCACCGCUCGCUGCGCCGUCGACCUGAUGGGCCACCUGGCGGUGCGGGACGGCUUCUACGGCGAGGACGGCUCCGACGCGGCAAAGCCGUUCGGAGGCGAGAACGUUAUGGUGGCCGACCCCGAGGAGGGUUGGAUGCUCGAGGUGUCGACUCUACCUCCCGAUGUCGCCGCGGGCGCGGGGGUCGAGGGCGCGGACGGCGGCUACUCUGCCGUGUGGGUGGCCAAGCGUGUGCCUGACGGCCACUUUGCGAUGGUUGCGAACCGCUUCACGAUCCGCGACGUGGUCGAGGUGACUCCGGACGAGAGCACGCGGAGCACGCUCGCUUGCCGCGGGGAGGAGGUCCGCCACUCGUCCAACCUCUUCGCCCUCGCCGAGCACAUCGAGAGGCACUCCCUCAACCCGAUGCCCUUCGAGAGCCUGCCCGCGGGCGCGCGCAAGCUCGAGGGCGGCGGGCUGCGCGUCACCGACUGGGCGAGGACUUUUGGCUUCUUCGUCCGGCCCGACUACGCCUCGUACACAAACGGCCGCAUCUGGCGCGUCCUCUCCGUGCUCGCUCCGCAGGGAGAGUGGCGCUGGCCGGCGGCGACUCCCCUCGCCAACGAGUACGCUUGGUCGCACGAGCCCUCCCGCCCGCUGACGGCCGCCGACAUCCUCGCCCUCGCGCGCGACGUCUACCGAGACGUCGCCGCGCCGGGGCUCGACGUCACCCGCGGCCUGGCUUCUGGACCGCACGGCGACCCCUCGCGGUACGACGAUCCGCAGUACGGCACGCCCGGCGAGGGCGGUGGCGGCCCCUUCCCGCGCGCGAUCUCCAUCUUCCGGACCUCCUACUCGCACCUCAUCGAGCUGGGCCGCCGCGGCGGGCGGCUCGCCGGCGCGCGAGUGUGGCUCUCGCAGGGCGCCCCGCAUGCCGCCGUCUACACGCCCGUCCACGUGCAGCCCGCCGCCGCCGACGCGGGGGGGAGCGUCGCCGACAUGCCUGCGAGCCUGACGAGCGGGUCGCUCCACAGAGCCGAUGCGCUCGACGGCGCGCCCGCGAGCACCUCCGUCUUUUGGCGGACGACGCUGCUGAACAACUGGGCGCGCGCCGUCGGCUACGACUUCGCCUGGGGCUUGAUCGAGGCCGCGCAGAGGGAAGUGGAGGCUGCGACGAGGGCUGCGGCCGACCGGGCGGAGGAGGCGGCGGCGGCAGCCGGCAGCGAGGUGGAGGCGGCCAGGCUUCUCGCGGAGGCCGACAGCGCCGCUGCAGCGCUCAGCGCGCAGCGCCACCACGACCUGAUCGCUGCGCUGAUGACGCGGCUGCACGACGGCUACCUGAUCGAGCCCCACGCGCCAAAGCUGCAGCUGACCAAGCUGUGGUACCCGAGCUGGUGGCUCGAGCGAGUCGGCUUCUACACCCAGGAGGCGGAGGCCAUGCCGCCGCGAGAGGGAUUGCCCCAGCGCACGAAGGAGGAGGCGCGCCCGCGCGACAGCUACCGAGCCGAGUGGCCCAAACGUGCCGCGCCCACCACCAAUUUGGCGGUGUCGCCGGUGCAGAGAUCGCCUGGCAGGCCCGCAGCAGCGGCAGCCGCAUCAGGCUUGCCGGCGCUGACGGUGCUCGUCGCGCUGGCCUUCGCGCUCGGCACUCUUGUGGGCUCCAACAUGCAUCGCCGGCUCACCCCGGUCGGCAGCUUGGGACUCGCAGCCCUGGUGCCUCUCGCCGACGGCGUCUCCUUCAAAAGAGAUGUGUCCGUCGACGUCUCGCGCAGACGGCUCACGCUCCGCGUGGCCGACAGCGACGUGGCGGUGGGCGAGCUGUGGCACGAAGUAAAUGUGGACGCGUCGGACUGGUUCGUGGACGAUGCGCCUGACUUUGGCGACGCGCGCUUCCUGGUGGUCGAGCUUCAGAAGCGCGAGAGCUUCGUCGACUGGGCGGCUCCGCUCAAGCCGGCGGGUGGCGGCAGCGGAGAGGAGGGUCGGAGGAGCCUCAUCAUCGGCGGCAAGGGCGAGGCGCAGAAGCAGGCUCCCACUCGCAAUGCGACGGCGGUGCAACUCGCCUCGUACCAGCUCCUGCAGAAGCUACCCAGCGCAGUGCGGGGCGACGUGUACGCGCGCGAGGCGGCCAGCAGCGAGACGCUCUACUUUCUCGGAAAGGAGAUGGAGCUGUGGCUCGCGCCGGGCAACUCGGAGCUGCGCGUUGCUCAAAACGAGAUCCCGCUCCACCGCUGGCGCCGCGUCGACGGGGCCGAGGGCGUGCCGGCAGCGGGCGCGUGCGGCUUCGAGCCGGAGACGGGCCCGCGUGAGGGCUGCGGCGUGCCGCAGGACAUGCAGGGGAAGCCAUUCGCGGCGAAGCUGAUGGCGCCGGACGAGGUGCCAGGCGCAUAUGAGGCAUGGCUGAGGAGCCAGUGA